CAUUCCUGUUAACUUCACGGUCCUGAAGCGUUAACAUUUGAACACGCUAUAUAGACACUUCACUCUAAAUACGUUUAAGUAGGUUUGUUGUAUUAUCAUUAAUACUGUUGUAUUGGUCGAAGACGCGUUUCCAGCGUGCUAUCAUCCAGUAUAAGCACCUCGUAAGCAUCAAACGCCGAAAGCGUCGAUGUUAAAGCUAAAUUUGAAUUUGGACCUCGUAUAAACAAACAUACGUGUUGAGAACCACCUGUAGUGCUCGGAAGCAUUCACGGCUCUUUCAAUAACUUUGAUUGAUGCUACAGUUUUUUGUUUUGUUUUUUUAGCACUCACCAAACACACCAGAGCGUAUUCCAUCCUUAUGUCAAAUUAAGGAUGAUGGUUUUCCAUAUUUCUACUCCCUCUUGCCGACUGUUUCAGAGAACAAGUUUUGCUGUGCGGACAGUGCAGAAAUUAUGGAAUUUAAAUUUGCAUUUAAAGACAGCUGGCCUUUGUGCCUUGUCUGGUCCUGGUUCUUUGUGUAAAUCGGAAGAACUGUAUACUGCUUCAACUGAAAAGCCUCCUCAUGUGCCUGUCAUGCUCAAAGAGGUGCUUCACUACUUGGACAUCCAACCAGGUCAAGUGGUCCUGGACAUGACAUUUGGUGGUGGUGGUCAUACCAAAGCAAUACUCAAAGCAGUUUCUGAUGCUACAGUCCUAGCCUUAGACCGGGAUCCCACAGCAAUUUCCCUGGCCCAGGAGUUAGCAAAGGAAAACCCUGACCGUGUAAAACCAUUACUUGGACUAUUCAGCGAGCUUGAAGCCCUGCUCGCUAGCAUCAACGUUAAAGCCGGCAGUAUUGAUGCUGUCCUAUUGGAUGCUGGCUGUUCUUCCAUGCAGAUGGAUCAUGCAGAAAGAGGCUUCUCGCUCAGCAAGGAUGGGCCCUUGGACAUGAGAAUGGAUGGAGAGAGGUUCUCCGACAUGCCCUGUGCUGCUGACGUGGUGAAUACCUUAGAUCACCUGGCUCUUGCGUCUAUCCUAAGUGCUUAUGGUGAGGAGCGACAUGCCAGGAAAAUAGCUUCAGCCAUUGUGGAGUCACGCCGCGUCAACCCCAUCACCCGGACACAGCAGCUUGCAAGUGUGGUAGCAGGAUCUUUUCCUGCAGCUGCUAUCUAUGCUCGAAAGGACAGACUGCACCGACCUGCGCAUGUGGCCACAAAAACCUUUCAGGCUCUGCGUAUCUUUGUGAAUGAUGAGUUGAACGAACUUCACGCUGGUCUGCGCACUGCCCGGACAGCACUGAAAUCUGGAGGACGUCUCUGCGUCAUCACGUUUCACUCACUAGAAGACCGACUGGUUAAGCGCUUCCUUCAGGGUGAUGAUUUGUCUAAUUUAGAACAGUAUCACUUUGGCCUGGGGAGGCAAGGCGUAGGAAGAGAAAAGUCAGUCGAGACAAAAAAGGAUAGAGCAAGUGUGUACUGGCAUCCUUUGCAAAAAAAGGUGAUCACCCCAGAAAAGGCUGAUAUUAAAGAGAAUGCUCGAGCACGCUCUGCAAAACUUAGGGUAGCGCUCAGGUGUUAAUCUUUUUUUAACCUUUCCUUCUUAUUCAACCAGUUAAAUGUUCAAGUUUUACUGUCUAGAAUACAUCAAUUAUAAUAAGGCUAUUUUAAUAUUAGUGAUUUAUUUCUACAAUACAUUUUUGUUGAAAGUCUGAUCAUCAAAAGCUAGACUAUGUACAGUGCCCUGAAAAAGUAUUUCCCCCUUCUCAAAUUAUUGUAUUUAUAUUAGUGUUCAAAGUUUCCUGGCCCUGUGUGAAGAGCAAAUGGCCCCUAAACCUAAUAACUGUUUGAACCAUCCUCAGUAGCAACAACUGAAAUCAAGUUAUUUCUAUCACUGGCAAUGCAUCUUUUACAUCUCUGUGGAUAGAGUUUGGCCCACUCUUCCUUACAGAAUUGUUUGAAUUCAGCAAAAUUGGAGUGUUUUCUAGCAUGAACGGCCUUCUUAGGGUCAUGCCACUACAUUUCAAUCUGAUUCAAGUCUGGACUUUGACUAGGCCGCUCCAAAACCCUCAUUUUGUCUUUUAAGCCAUUUAAUAGUUGACUUUCUGGUGUGUUUUGGAUUGUUACCCUGCUGCAGAACCCAAGUGCGCUUUAGCUUGACGUCAUAAACAGAUGAUUGAACAUUCUCCUUCAGGAUUUUCUGUUAAAGAGCGGAAUUCUUAGUUCCAUCAAGCACAGCAAGUUGUCCAGGUCCUGAGAGAGAAAAGCAGCCCAAGAACAUCAAACUAGCACCAUCAUGUUUUGAAUGUAUAAUGUUCUUGUUCUGAAUUGCUGUGGUACAUUUACCUUCCAAAAAGCUCAACUUUUAUCUCGUCAGUCCAUAGAAUAUUCUCCCAAAAGUCGUGGGAAUCAUUCAGAUGUUUUGUUUUUCGAAAGUAAUAUGAGCCUUUGUUCUUUUUGGUCAGCAGUGGUUUUCGCCUGGGAACUCUUCCAUAGAUGCCAUUUUUUCAUGUUGUGUCAUGAACACAAACACUGACCUUUACUGAGUGAGGCAAGGGAGGCCUCUUUAGUAGUAGUCCUGAGUUCCUUUGUGGCCUCCUGAAUGAGUAAUUGCUGUUCUCUUGGGGAUAAUCUUUGUAGGCUGGCCACUCCUGGGAAGGUUCACCACUGUUCCAUGUUUUCUCAAUGUGUGGAUAAUGGCUCUACCUAUGGUUCGCUGGAAUCCUAAAGCUUUAGACAUGGCUUUUGUAACCCUUUCCAGACUGAUAGAUGCCAAUUACUUUAUUUCUCAACUGUUCUGGAAUUUGUUUGGAUUGUGUCGUUUUGUUGCAGCUUAUUUAGAUCUUUUGUCUGACUUGAUUUUGUCGGGACAGAUUCUGUUUAAGCGAUUACUUGAUUGAAGAGGUCUGGAGGUAAUCAGGCUUGGGUGUCAUCAGUGAAAAAUAACCAGAAAUUGUGAUUACCCACAAUAGAUUCCUGAUUUCACAAGGGGAGUAAUUAUUUUUUUUUAAACAGGGCCAUGUAACUUUAAAUACUUAUAGUAUUUUUUUCCUUAAUAAAUGAAAUCACUAUUUAAAAACAGCAUUUUAACUUCACUUGGGUUAUACUGUAUGUGUUUCAUACAUCUGUUUGAUGAUCUUAAACAUUAAAGCAGGGAAACUGUGCAAAAAUAUAAGAAUUUGUGAAGGGGGCCAAUACUUUUUCAUGGCACUGUAUAUACGUGAAGAAGAAAAAAACAAAGUGGCCACAGAAAUAACUUGCAUCUGACAAAAGUAAUAAUAAAUAAAAAUGUAAGGAAAAUUAACAAAUGAAAAUCAGAUGUUACUUUUUAAUUUAUGUUCAGCAGAAUUAUUUUAAAAAACAAACUCAUGAAACAGGCCUGGACAAAAAUGAUGGUACCCUUAAUAUUUUGUUGCACAACCUUUUGAGGCAAUCAAUCCAAUCAAAUGAUAUUUGUAACUUUCAAACUGCUCCAGUUUUCUCAGGGAUGAAGGGUGCUUUCUCCAGAUGGCAUGUUUAAGCUCCUUCCACAGAUGUUCAAUAGGAUUUAGAUCAGGGCUCAUUGUCAUGGGUGUGUGUUCCGGUUGUUGUUUUCCCCGUCUUGUACACACCUGCUCCUGAGAGCAUCUUCACCACCUGUGCCUCGUUCACCCUAAUUACCCCUUGCAUUUAACCUCUCAUUCUUUCAAGUCGCCAGUUUGGUGUACCUUGUCGUCGCGGUCCAGCAUUCCUUGUUUCCACGUCACCGACUCACAGUAAGACUAGACCUUGUUCCAAUUAUCGACCUCGCCUUUUUGCCUCACGUUUUUGGAUACUGUUGCCUUUUUUGGAUUGCCUGCCUGUGUACCGACUUCUGCCCGUAUAUUAAACCUCUCUUUUUGCAACUGUCCAUUUGUUUUGGAGUCAUGCAUUUUUGGGUCCUAUCCUCUGUUCCGUUCAUGACAGAACGAACUGGCCAUAACAUGGACCCAGCAGACUCAGACCCGGAGCGCAAAGCCCUUCAAGCGCAGGGUCAACGCCUCUCGAAGCAGGAUGAGCAGCUUGCUGCCCUCCACCUUCAUCUAGAGGGACUGUCAGAGCAGGAGGACAAAAUGAUGAGACAGGUGGCCUCACAGUUUGAAGUUCUUAUGAAAAUGAUUCAGAAGAAGGAACCAGUUGGCACAACACCCAAUGCCGCCACUGUACCAAGCUUUUCAUGUGAAGCAGUUACCAUGCAACCACCUGCCACCUCCGCUGCUGUCUGCCCACAGCUCUCUCGACCGGCGAGGUUCUCUGGAGAUUCUGGGAAUAUUAAGCCAUUCAUCACUCAGUGCAAACUCCACUUUGCCUGCAGGUAGCUGCCUUCCCCACCGAGCGGGCAAAAAUCGCUUUCGUCAUUUCCCACCUGACUGGUCGUGCGGAGGCGUGGGCUACUGCUGAAUGGAGCUGCAAUUCCGCCGCAUGUCAUUUGUGGGCUUUUUUCGUAAAGACUAUGGAGCAGAUUUUUCAGUUUUCCACACCAGAUCGUGAGGCAGCUCGCUCCCUUGUCACCUUACACCAAGGCAAGCGCAUGGUUUCAGAUUACGCGAUUGAGUUUCGCAUUCUAGCAGCUGAGAGUCAGUGGAAUAAUAGGGCACUGCUCGAUGCAUUUUUUUCAAGGACUAUCCCCCGCCGUCAAGGAUCAUUUGGUCCUGCGAGACCUGCUGACCGACUUGGACACUUUCAUCACUCUCGCCGUAAAAAUUGACAAGGACCUUUUGGAUCGCGAGAUGGACGGAGUUCGGCGGAGGGCUGUGUCACCGCGCACUUGAAGGACGAGCCUCGGUGACGAGCCAAACCAGGGCAGAUCCCCUGAUUCCGGUCUCAAUCCACUGGCAAGCGUCACCACGGAUGAACCCAUGCAACUGGCCAGGUUCCGUCUCUCCCCUGAGGAACGUCAUUGGGAAGGGCGGUGCUUCUACUGCGGGCAGUUGGGUCAUUCCGUGAGCAACUGUCACUUCAAGGUUGCCAGUGCCGGUAGCAAGGGCACGGGAGCGGUGAGUCUAAAUUUCAUGAAGGAAGAAAGACUCUACUCGGGUUCUUCCUAGAGUGACACUAUGCUCUCCUGAUCAAGAAAUUCAUACACCUGUAUUAAUUGACUCUGGUUCUGACGCUAACUUACUCAACUCCCUCCUCGUUAGACACAUGCACCUUAGAACCUUUCAAAUAAAACGCCACCGCAACACCUACGCUGCAGAUGGCAGUUUUAUGGGCAAGAUCACAGAAAGUUCAUUUGAAAUUUCAGUUCUGUAGCCUCGCCUUUGCCACACAGACCUUUCGUAUGGAACCCGCUUUGUCAGGCAGCUUUUCAGAAACUUGAAUUGAGCUUUACCUCCGCUCCCAUCCUCACCUUGCCAGAUCUCAAACAGCAGUUUGUGGUAGAAGUUGAUGCGUCUGAUGCCGGUAUAGGAGCAGUGCUCUCCCAGAAAUGUCUCAAGGAUGGUAAAUUACAUCCUUGUGCUUAUCUCUACAAGCCAAGAGAAAUUAUGACAUAGGUGACCGUGAACUGCUGGCAGUCAAGGUGGUUUUCAUGGAGUGGAGGCACUGGCUAGGAGGGGGCACAUACUCCGUUUUUAGUAUGGACACAUCACAAGAACCUCGAAUAUCUUAAAUCUGCUAAGAGAUUAAAUGCGAGGCAGGCUAGAUGGGUUCUGUUCUUCACUAGAUUCAAUUUCACGUUAUCCUACCAACUGGGUUCUAAAAAUGGUAAGCCAGAUGCUUUAUCGCGCAUUUUCUGCGCAGAGAAUUCUUUGUCCGACCCAAAAACCAUUUUGCCCAAGUCAUGUUUGUUUCUGCUUUUGUUUGGGACAUUGAGACUGCGGUAAAGGAGGCUCUGAAGAACACUCUUAGUCCUGAAAAUUGCCCUGAAAACAGGCUUUAUGUGGUUCCGACCUUAAGGGGAAGAGUCAUCCACUGGGCUCACACUAACCGGACUGUAUGUCACCCAGGCAUUGCCAAGACUCAAAUCUGUGGUUGAACAGCGCUUUUGGUGGCCCAAUGUUAAAGGGAUGUUACCAAUUAUGUCAAUGCUUGCCAGGUAUGUGCUGCUAACAAGUCCUCUCGUAAACGUCCUUCUGGGGAGUUGCGACCCCUGCCAAUACCACAACGUCAUUGGUCAGACAUCUCCGUAGACUUUGUGACGGAGUCCUCGAAAGGAAAUACCACCAUUCUCACAGUCAUAGACAGGUUCUCUAAGAUGGCACACUUCAUUGCACUCCCGAAACUCCCCUCAGCUAAAGACACUGCCGAGUUAAUGAUACACCAGGUAUUCAAGUUCCAUUGUUUCCCCAAGAAUGUGGUAUCUGAUAGGGGUCCGAAAUUCAUUUCGCAAUUUUGGAAGGGGUUUUGCAGUCUCAUAGGUGCUACCGUCAGUCUGUCAUCUGGGUUUCACCCUGAAACUAACGGACAAACAGAGAGGUUGAACCAGGACCUGGAAACUGGGCUCCGGUGUCCCGGUUCACAGGAGACACGAUCCUGGUCUGAGAAACUGGUUUGGGUCGACUUCUCUCACAAUUCCCUCCCUUCUGCAUCCACUGGUCUAUCGCCUUGUCACGUUGUACAUGGUUACCAACCAUCUCUAUUUCCUGCCAUAGCCCCAGAGUCCACAGUUCCAGCGGCAUUGACCUUCGUGAGACUCAGCAGGAGGACCUAGCAGCGAGCCCGCCAGAUGCUGCUGCGCCACGGAUAGCAUACAUAACUGCUGCUGACCGUCGGAGGACACCGGCCCCGAACUACAAAGUGGGUCAGCGAGUUUGGCUCUCUACCAAACAUAUUCCACUCCGGGUGGAUUAUCGACCUCGCCUUUUUCCUCACGUUUUUGGAUACUGUUGCUUUUUUUGGAUUGCCUGCCUGUGUACCGACCUCUGCCCAUAUAUUAAACCUCUCUUUUUGAAACUGUCCAUUUGUUUUGGAGUCGUGCAUUUUUGGGUCCUAUCCUCUGUUCGGUUCAUGACACUCAUAGAAGGCCACUUCAGAAUAGUCAAAUGUUUUGCCCUUAGCUAUUCUUUGCUGUUUUUAGCUGUGUGUUUUGGGUUAUUAUCCAGUUGACCUUGACCUGCGGCUGAGACCAGGCUUUCCUACACUGGGCUGGCCAUUUUUCUCGAGAAUACCUUGAUAGUCUUGACAUUUCAUUGUACCCUGCACAGAUUCAAGAUACCCCGUGCCAAAUUUAGCAAAGCAACCCCAGAACAUAACUCCUUGAUCGUCUCCCUUGCAGUCGACUUUGGCUCAAACAACAAUGGAUGGUGCGAUCUGACACUCAUGUACCUUGACCUUUGAGUCACCUUUAAUUUAUUUGGGGCUUGUUCUGGGCGCUUUUGUUACCAUUCGUAUUAUCCAUCUCUUCAAUAUGUCAUAAAUUUUUCUCCUGCUGCCACGUCCAGGAAGGCUGGCUACAGGCAUUGAACCACAAUUCAAAAGCAAUGUCUGAUUUUGAUUUUCAUUACAUUUUAUUUAUUACUACUUUUGUCAGAUUCAAAUUAUUUAUGUGACCACUGUGGGUUUUUCUUUGAUUAACAAAGGGGUACCAACAAUUUUGUCCACGUGUGUAUGAAUGUUGUACAUAUUCUAGUUAUUGUUUAUAAAUAGGUUAAUUAUUAUCUAAUAAAGUCUGAUAAUUUGUUAUAAAUUGGAACAAUUAAGUGCUGGAGCACGAUUUUGUAAAUUUAAACUUCUGCUACCCUGUUAGAUUUUUUUUUACCCUGCGGUCAUUAGGAUAUCUAAAAAUAACUUAAAUGUAAAAAAUAUAAUUCAUGAGCUACUAAUGGAAAAAGCAGUAGAGCUAAAUGUAGGUUUUGGCCAACUGCUGCUGUUCUUAUCUAGUGACUCCUACCAGUUCAUUUGGUCUUCACAAUGUGUUAACAAAAGUACCUAAAAAACUAUUUAUAAAGUAUUUACAAAUUCCUAAUGUCAUAUCUAGUGACUCAUAUCAGUUUAUUUAGGAUUUUCAUUGUGUUAAAGUACCUAGUAACCCAUGUAUAAAGUAUAAUUCUUUAGUUUCUAAUUGUAAAGUGCCACCAGACAGCAUUGGUCAGAGUCGGUAGAGGAGUCAAAUAUUGUACUCAAGUCAGAGUACAGUUACUUUAGGAUAAUAUGACUUCAGUAAAUGUAAGCAGUAGUCCUCCAAAUAUUUACUUCAGUAAGAGUAAGAAACUACUCAGUGAAAAAACUACUCAAGAGUAACUUGUGAGUAAUUUCAGAUUUAAAAAAAAUAAAGUCAGCGCAUGAACGUCAAAUAAUCUAAAAAUUAAUCAUAAAUGGUAGUCCACAUACACCUGCCACUGUUUAAAAUGGUCGUCAGCCCCCCACAUAUAACCCCUACAUUUCCAAACACUCCACUUUAUCGCUUCCUUUUCCUCGCUCUCCUACACCGUGUCCCUGCUGGUUUAUGCAUUACUAUUCAUAGUGGUUGGACUCUGUUUGGAAGGGAAAGGGGGAGGUGGGGGAAGUUCCCUUUGCCAGCUGCUAUACCGGGAUUGGCUGUAUAAUGGCAGCGGACAUUCAGACAAACAGGAAAUGCUCGGGAACACAUGCAAAAAAAGACCAGCCGUGAGAAUUAGGGAACAAUUAAUCUGUUGAGGAAAAGCGGCAAGAAUGACAUUCACUAAGAGCGAAGACCUCUGCCAAGUCCCGCCAGGCCCCAAAAACCAACAACACAUGCAUUGGGCCCUACAGAAACAUUGCUUCAUUCACUUAAAUGACUGAAUGAAGAAGCUGUUUGCUGACCAGUCUCAUUGAGUUUGUGAGUGUGUGCGUGUGUGGGGGGGUGUGCGUGUGUGUAUGCAUGCGUGUGAUCACCUUGGAUUGGCACAAUGGCGCUCCAUGUGGAAGUCAAAGAUGGAGUCUAAAAAAUAGAUCGCGCACGCAAUAAUGGAUAAAUAAAAGUCGUGAGCGGCAUGUCGAUCAUUGUAGCGGAGUAAAAUUAUUGAUUCUUCUUUGCAUAAAUACUCAAGUAAAAAGUAUGGUGCAUUUAAACUACUCUGACAAGUACAAUUUAUCCAAAAUGAUACUUGAGUAAAAGCAGCCUCUGGCAUUGGUCUAAUACAAAAACAAGACAUUUUCAUAAAAGACAUGAACACAACAUUGGAAAAGUGCUGAAAAGGAAUUAUUGGUGAAUAUGACCACAAAAAAAGUGACUUUUUGUAUUAUAUAGUCUUAUUCUUUUUGCAAUUGAACCGGUUGGUUUAAUGCAAUACUGACACAGUAAUACACAGCACCAGAAGAAAUGUAUAAUUCAGCUCUUGUCAUGAUCCUGCGUUCUGUUGCUGAUACUGUAUUUUUCCAGGCUCUGGGCCUGCUGACAUUCAGUAUUUUUCCAUUCCCUGGCCAUGGUGGAUGGGCGGAGCCUCUGGCGCACACCUGCUUGGCAUUAUGAUUAGUUAGGUUCUUAAGCACCAGAUAGAUGGGAAGCUAGUUGCUGGGAUUUUGUUGCCUAUUGCUAUUGGCCUGUUUGAUUGUGUUGUUUGCGUUCACAGUCGCCUCAAACUUGGUUUCCCCUGUAAGUCUUUCUGUCUGCCCCCCCCCCCCCCCCCCUCCCUAAAUUCUUGUAUGAUCUUUUCUUGUGUAAUUUAGGCGUUUGUUAUCUUGUUCUGUUCCGUUCUCUGGACUUGUGUAGUCCAGGAACUGCUCCCUUAAGUUUAAUUCUCCUUUGUUUUCUAUUAGAGUAUUUAGGGUUCUUCUUUACGCUAAUUCCUUUUCUUAUUUGUCUACAGCUGUGUUUUUUCCAACACCUUUUGUUUUAACUCUGUGUUAGUUUUCGCUCCUUUUUUUUAUUGUCAACUAGCUUCCAUCGUGAUCUUUCUAUCCACCUCUGAGUGUGUUUUGUUUAUUGUAGUUUUUCUUCAUUUUUUUAAAAAUUAUCUUUGUUCACGCUGUUUGUGCAUCCUUGGUUGAAUAAAGAAUUUGCUCUUAA